AUGGCUGAGAAAAUCAAUAUGACUUUGGAUGAUAUCAUCAAGAAUGGUCAGAAAAAAAUUAAGGCUGAAAAAGUUGUAGAUGCCAACAACGCCAACAAAACUGCGAACGAUAACAAGGCACGUUCUGGUGGCAAAACUGGAGGACAAGGAGCGAAAAACAAUCGCAAAGGUCCGCCAGCCAAAAAUGCGAAGAUCGCAUUGGCGAAUAAGGUUCUCAAAAGAUCGAGAGCCAUCGCUGCUCGUGGAGUUGGCGCCAAAAGACAAGCUCUUGGUUCACGCGGAAAGCCGAUGGCUGCAGCUGGAUUGAGCGCCGUGGCCACCAAGAAACUAGUCAACAAGCUUGUCAAGAACGCCAUCCGCAAGAGAAUCAAUAUCACUACGAAUCUAGGAAUUCGUAAGCGUGGAGGUGUCGCCGCUUUUACUCUCGCUGCCAGAAGAACCGCAGCUAUCAGACGAAAUGUUGCUGCUGCUCGUGGAAUUGUCCAACCAGUCCAACAGAGACCGAAAGCUCCGCGUACAAUUAUUCAGCACGUUCAACCUGCACCGGUUCGUGUCGUUCGCCAGAUCAUCACCGCUCCACCAACGGAGACUCACGUGAUUCGACGAGCUCCACCACAGCAAGUUCGUCGAGCCCCACCACAACAAGUUCGCCGUGUCCAACAACAGCAACAGAGACGUGUCGUUGUGGUUCAACCAGUGCAACAGGGAAGACGCUUCCGUCCAGGAAACAAUAACAGUCGCCGUAAUAACACUGUUAUCCGUCGUCAGGUUCCACAGUACGAGCAAGUUGUGCAGAGAGUGAUUCAAGUGCCAGUCCCACAACAACGUUUCCAACAGCAGCAACAACAAUCACGCCGUUUCCAACAACAGAACCAACGAUUCCAGAGACCACAGCAAAGUGGCGGAAACGUCAGAUAUGUCAACGGCGGAGGGAGACAAGUACAAAGAAAGACCGUUGUCAGACAGGUUCAACCAGUCCAAUAUCGCCCAGUUCAGUACGUCUCCGAUCAAGCUGUCACAUCUCGUGGUCGUGGAUUCCGUGCCUAA